AUGAUGCUGGAGAAAUGGGAAGAUCAUGAAAGCAAAGAAAUCGAGGUCUUCGAAGAGUUCAUAUUGUUGACUUCGGAGGUGAUCUCGAGAAUGGCAUUUGGAAGCAGCUAUAUCGAGGGGAGGAAUAUUUUCAAGAUUAAGAUUUGGAAAACAGCAGAUGAGAUCAAGGGCGAGAAGCUUGAGAAAGGAAUUCUUGAUGCUAUCCUUAGGAUAAUAGAGAAGAGGGAGGAGAAGAUCGCUUCCAGGGAAUCAUAUGGUUUCGGGAACGACUUCUUAGGAUUACUCGUGCAGGCUUAUAUUGAAGAGGACAGGAGCAAAAGAAUCACCAUCGAUGACUUGGUGGAUGAGUGCAAGACGUUCUACCUAGCCGGACAAGAAACUACAAGUUCUAUGCUCCCGUGGACACUCUUCCUCCUUGCAAUUCAUACUGACUGGCAAGAAGAAGUGAGGAAGGACAUGUUCAGUGUAUUCGGUCGGCAAGAUCCUCAAUGUGAUGGCUUUAAAAAAUUGAAGACGCUGUUCAUGAGAGGUUGUGAAAAACAUGCUAGAAGUUCCUUUGGAGAUGUGAGGAUUAUAUUAGAUGUUCACGAGAUGGAUAGGUUUCUUGAGAGCUACCAUUUCCGUGAAUUCGGGUCGCUUAAGAAACUGUUUAAUACUAUGUCUGAUUUCAAACCUUCAGAAUAUGGAGGUAACAGCGAUUUCUUUGCCUUUACUGAUAUAUAUGUACGACCAAUUCUGAGUAUGAAAGGAUUGUGA